AUGUCUGGACUCCCAAGACCAGGCCCGCCGCUCAAGCGGAAUACGACGAGCAUGCGCCCUCCCACGACGCGCCCUCCACAUCUAGCGCGUGGCCGUUCCGCAACACCGGCAAUGAAUGGCCGCUCCUCGAGAGCAGAAUCAGUGGCUUCGGCGAGGACUCCACGAUCGUCGCCCCUCAAGCGCAAAUGCGACUUCGAAAGCGAUGGAGGAGAAGAGACAAACAUCAACGUCGUCGUCCGAUGCAGAGGGCGCAAUGACCGCGAAGUGCGCGAAAACAGCGGCGUAGUGGUAUCGACCAACGGGAUCAGGGGCACAGCAGUAGACCUUUCCAUGGGUUCAAGUGCGCUGAGCAAUAAGACAUACCAAUUCGACAAGGUCUUUUCACCGGCAGCCGACCAGGCCAUGAUCUACGACGAAGUUGUGGCGCCCAUCUUGGACCAAGUUAUUGAUGGCUUCAACUGCACAAUUUUCGCAUACGGUCAAACAGGCACAGGCAAAACCUACACCAUGACUGGUGACAUCUCCAACGUCCUCCCCCUUCCGGACGCCGCCGGUAUCGUACCACGUGUGCUGUACGCGCUCUUCCAACGCCUCGAAACUGACGAGAUCGAGAACUCGGUGAAAUGCUCCUUCAUCGAACUGUACAACGAAGAACUCCGUGAUCUGCUGUCCCCAGACGACGCGACGAAACUCAAGAUCUACGACGACAACAGCAAGAAGGGCUCUACCACAACCAUGGUUCAGGGCAUGGAGGAGUGUCAUCUCAAGACUGCCGCUGAAGGAAUUACAAUGUUGCGCAACGGAAGCCACAAGCGACAGGUAGCUGCGACUAAAUGCAACGAUCUCAGUUCGCGAAGUCAUACAGUCUUUACCAUCACCGUCUACAUAAAGCGAACAACCGAAGAUGGCCAAGAGUACCUGAGCGCCGGAAAGCUCAAUCUCGUCGAUCUUGCAGGUAGCGAGAACAUCCAACGCAGUGGUGCUGAAAACAAGCGCGCAGCAGAGGCCGGUCUUAUCAACAAGAGUUUGCUAACAUUGGGUCGUGUUAUCAACGCGCUCGUGGAGAAAAGCUCCCAUAUUCCGUACAGGGAAUCAAAACUAACCCGUCUUUUGCAAGACUCGCUAGGUGGUCGAACGAAGACGUGCAUCAUUGCGACCUUGUCGCCAGCGAAGAGCAACCUCGAAGAAACUAUAUCCACCCUCGACUACGCAUUCCGCGCGAAGAAUAUCCGAAACAAGCCGCAAAUGAACCAGCCCAUCAACAAGAAGACUCUACUCAAAGAGUAUACCGCCGAAAUCGAGAAGCUCAAGAGCGAAUUAAUAGCGACCCGGCAACGCAACGGUGUUUAUCUUACGCAAGAGAACUACGAGGAGAUUACCACAGUUAGCGAAUCAAGACGGAUCCUUAGCGAAGAACAACGCGACCGGCUCGAAACCAUGGAGGUCAACCUCCGUAACAAGGUGGAAGACCUGUUCAAACUCACCACGAACUUCCAGACCUUGAAAAAAGACAAUGAACAAACGCAAUUGGCCUUAGACGGCACCAAGGGCAUAUUAGAGAAGACGGAGAUCGUUCUGGAGCACACUCGCGAGAACCUGGCAGAAGAGACAGAGUUACGGAAGGCGCAUCAGAAGACUGAGCAAGAGCUGGCAGAGGUAGGAAAGGACAUGAUCUCAACGCUCGGCAAGACGACAUCAGCUAUUGAUGGUCUACGAUCAAAAAUUCGACGGAAGUCAGAACUCCAAUCACAGAACCGACGGAACUGGAAUUCCUCCCAAACUCAGGUUGUUGAUACUACUCGUAUGGUCGAAGAUCGGAUAGAGGAGUUCCAACAGCAACAGGAACAGUUGAUGAACUCGAUAUCAGAACGCAUGCAAACGUUCGUCCGGGACGAGCUUGAGAAGCUUGGCGCUUCGCAAUCUUUCUUGCAAGAGAAGAUGGAGGCAUACCAGACAUCCGAGCAAGAAGUCAACGGUCAGACUGCGCAAGCACGCGAUCACAUGAAUGAAGUUCUAGAAGAGAUCAAGACCCUUCGUGAGGAUGUCAAGACGAAGAUCGGCGCAGGGCUCGAUGAGCUCUCAGCGGCGGCAGAGACAAUCUCAGCAAACAUCAUUACGGAACUGGACGCUUUCCAUACGCAGGUUCACGCAUCAUAUGCAGGGCUAGGGCGCGACUUCAAGACAACUUUUGAUGAUCUAGUGAAGGAUUUGAGCGAACAGCAGGCUGAGAACGAACGACUUCACCAGCAAGUGGUGGAGGCCAACGCUGCUUUGGUCGAGGUCAGCAAGGCUUCGCAGGAUCAGCUGGAGAAGGUCGUGGAUGAGGAGAAGCAGAAGUCGGCCGAAGACCGCCAACAGCUGCUGUCGCAGAUUACCGCGAUCGUUAACGCGAACGCUGAUGCACAAGAGAAGAGAUUAGACGAGAAGCUCCUGUCUGUGCGAGAGGAGCUAAACACCGCCAACGUUGCGUUCGAGACGAAGCAGGAUGCUUACGCAGAAGGCGUUAUUGCGUGGUCAGAUAAGUCGAGAGACAUCCUGGCAGGUGUAUCGAAGUCAAGAGAUGCCGUCAAGACCAAGAUCAAGUCAGACUUUGCAGCCGCGACUCAGCAUUCCACUUCGAUCAAAGACACGACUACUUCCGUUCACGAGAGUACUGUCAAGACAGUUGAGGCACAGAUGGCACAUUUGGACACUCAACUCCAGUCUCUAGAUGAUAUUGUGGCCCGAAUCCGUGAGCAGAACAACACUCAUCACGCGGCGCACACGGCUUCGCUGGCUGCCUUGUCAUCGACGGUGGCAGCUUCAUACUCUAGUAUCGGCGAUCAUCUAUCUUCCUCCUUUGAUCGCGUUCAGUCUCUCGAAUCAGACAUGUCAGCACAAGCAAGUACUCUGAAGGAGACCUUGCCAGCACUCGCUGCAGACGCCGACAUACGUGCACCGCUCCACGAGCUUCGCGAGGUCGUUAGUUCCCAGGCCUUGAUCGAGUACAACCCCACCGGCGAAACACCUCAACGCGUCUCUUACACUAUCCCUUCAACCCUUCCACGCACCGAAGCACACGAGAACAUCCUCUCUCGUCUCCGAGACCGCCCUACAACUGCCGACUCUACAACACGCAGUCCCUCCAAGCAACCUGUCUUCAAUGAUGCCACGGAUACCCUCAGCUCCCCGACCGACAUAUUCGCCUUCACCGCCAACAAGCCCAACUUCUCCCGCUCCAUUAGUGCGCACGCCCACACUAUCUCACAUCUCCCAACAGGCAACCCUACUUCGUUGCGGGAGCUAGAUGUUAACGUGAUGGCGCAGGAAGCUCAUACCCAGCCUCUUCCCCAUCUCGCAUCCCAAUCAUCCUGCGACUCAUUGACCAACGGCGCCCCUCCAAGUAAAAAGAUGCGCACCAAUGGCGAUGAUGGAAGUAAGCUUCCCAUGAAGAAGAUGACGAGGAAAACGGUCGGCGUUGCUGGCGAGCGUGGUGACGUAGAGAACAUCACGAAUUUCGGCAACAGCGUAGGCCCUGGAAUUGCAGCAGGGAGGAAACUGAGAAGUCAUGGAAGUACUUAG